AUGACUCCAUCCGGCAUCCGCCGUCCGGGAAGCGGCGCCAACCACUCCAUCCGCUCGGAAGAAACGCCGCUCCCUUCACCUGAUGAUGAGGAUAGAAACAGGUCAGGAUGCAGUAAGUUGGCAUCUGAGAUUGGCAAAGGACUCGCAACAUCUGAAUUGGCUCGUAAUAUCACAGAGAGGGUGACAUAUAAUGGGAGCCAAGCAUUUUUAACCAUGCAUGCUGAUGGAGACAAGAACAUACAGAUUGUUCCACAUGGUCAAUGUUCUGCUUUAGUGAAUCAGUUACCUUUGCAAACCAGCUGGCAACCAUCUAUUCAGUUUGAGAGAGUUGUGUUACAGAAAAGGCCUGAGGAGCAAAGAAUGCAAGAUGUUGUGGCUGCUAGCAUAGCGGAGAAGAGAGCAGAAACACAAGUGUUCCUUUCACUUCCUAUGGAGAAAAAACGAAGGAGAUCAGACCUCAGUUUGCAUGUCAGUGAAGAUACUACUACUGUCCCUGAACAAAGAAGAAAAAGAAAAGAGAAAGAAGAGAAUAAAAAAAGUGAAAGUGAUGGUCUUGAGGAUUAUUGGAAAGAUUUUGCAUUGGCUGUUGAAAGCACAAAGCUUGACGAAGUUGACGAGGCGGCAAAUGAAAAGGAAGAGGGUAAUGGGAUGAUGGGGGACAUCGACUGCAACCAUGACAUUCGGAUUCAUGAAGAUUUGGGUCAUGUAUGCCAUGUGUGUGGUAUGAUUGUGAGGAGAGCUGAUUCAAUAAUUGAUUGUGAAUGGAAAAAGCUCCUGUUUCGUGCUCGGACAUGUCGCUUUGAGCCUGCACGAUCAUGUGGGACACCUCACUUCACCUCGCCACUCUAUCUAGUCCCAGGAAGCACAAGCACUGCACUAGCCACUGGAUACACAGGGCGUGGGCGCCACUUCCCUGUGCUUAGUCGCUUUUGA